AUGGAGCGGCGAGACGAGUUGCACCGGCACUGCAGCGUAGCCAAGCAGACCAUUCUGACCACGCACCCGAGCGGGCUGCAGACUCGAGUAUCAGUGGAGCUGGCUAACUUCGACGCUCUCUGCCUACACUCGGAGUGCAAGGCGCCGGCCAAGAGGCCGAUAUGGGACAGCCCGUUCCUCAACCGGCGUGGCAUGCUAGGCGGCGUCUCGGGCCACUCCACUCCGGUGCUGGGGCGCAGGAGUGACGCGGUGAACGAGGGCCGCCUCUCCCAGCAAUGCACCCCCGUCAUGAGGAGGCGGGAGGUGGACAGCCCUGGUGGCUCCCCGUUGCCGUCGAGACGCGCGUUGGAUGAGGAGGAGGGCUGUGACGUAGACAACAGCGUGAUCAGCGGCUGGCUGAAGUUUCGCGACAACAAGCGGACGCGUCCGUUGAAUUAUGACCACGCGUUCGCCGAGAGCCGGGACAAAUACGAGGACAAUUCCCGCCAUUACGAGGAAGGACGUGUUCGCCGUGGCGCG